AUGACAGCGAUACGAUUCCCGACAUCCAGCAACUCGGAACACGGGCUAAAUACAGUCGUGGCAGUCAAUAUUAAGGUCCUAGUGAAGAAGCAGGCGUGUUGCCAUGGGAGCAGAGAGCAGAAGUCUGCCUCUGUGUUUGUUCAUAAGAGAGGGUGUGAAGACAAGGUCAAUAAAGCUGCUAAGCACCUGAAGACACUGAGACACCCAUGUCUGCUGCGGUUUCUGUCCUGCUCUGUUCAAAAUGGAGGGAUCCAUCUAGUCACUGAACGUGUACAACCACUGGAGCUGCUGCUGGACAGCCUCUCUGCUGAGGAAAUAUGUGCAGGGCUUUAUGAUAUUCUGCAGGCACUGGUCUUUCUGCACGAGAGGGGCAAAUUGAGCCACAACAAUAUAUGCAGGUCAUCUGUUUUUGUCAGCGAAGAUGGCCACUGGAAGUUGGGUGGAAUGGAAACUGUGUGCACAUUCUCUGAAGCAACGGUUGAAUUUCUUUCAGCUAUAAAGAAUGUUCGAGAAGACAGUUGUGUUCCACCAGAAGAAAAGGUUGAAGGGUUUUCCAUGCUUCCGGAAGAAUAUGCUUAUUCCAGAGAUUCUUACUCCUUUGGGAUCCUAGUUGAGGCUCUUAUCCCUUUCUUAGAUGGUUUUGUGACGCAGGACCUCGUGGACAGUUUAAAGAGGUCUUUGCUGGCUGGUCUUCUCAGUCCAGUCCCAUCGUGCCGGCCGCCACUUACCUCGUUGCUUACUCACGACUUUUUCAGAAAUGACUUUCUGGAAGUGAUUAACUUUUUGAAGAGUUUGACUCUAAAGACAGAGGAGCAGAAGAAUGAAUUCUUUAAAUUCUUACUAGACCGGAUCCAGAACCUUCCUGAGAAGCUCAUAGCUUCUCGCCUUGUCCCUGAACUGCUCACUUCGCUCGUUUUAGCAGAGCCCAUGGCCGUCAGGAGUUUCCUUCCUCAUCUUCUAAAGCCAAAGUCGGAAUCUGGGAGUGACAGCUCAGAAUGCCUGCUCUCUUUGCCCCUUUAUCGAAAACAUGUGAUCCCUUUACUUCUGAAGCUGUUUAAAGUCAAGGAGGAACACAUCAGAAUGGUACUGCUUGCCCAUAUCCACAUCUACUCUGAGUUCUUCUCACCUGAAGAACUUAGAAAUCAGAUUCUACCUCAGGUCUUACUUGGAAUGAGGGACACAAACGAUUCGCUGGUUGCAAUGACGCUGCAGAGUCUAGCUGUACUUGUGCCUCUGCUUGGAGCUCAAGUUGUUGUCGGAGGAGAAAGAACUAAGGUCUUUAAACGCAACACCCCCAACUUCAGUAAGUCUACUGAAGUGACCCCUGAAAAUUCACCGGUACACAAUAGUGCAGUCUGUCAGCCUCAGAUAGCUCAGCCAACAAAGGUUUUGAAUUUGUUUGCCAAAUCAGCUACAGAGGAAGUUUCUUCAAUCGUUUACCCUCUGUCCUUUAAAUCAGAUGUCAACAGGCAGCUGUCUCUCCCGCUGAACGGUUUUCACAACAAAGAAGUGGAGCCAAUAGCACACAGUCCAGAGCAACACAGCAGAGUUGAAAGACCAGCAGAGGACUGGCCUGACUGGAGUGACCCAGAGGAUGCGAACCCUGGAGAGUGUAAACCAGUAAGGAUCCAGAUCGAGUCCUCAGCCGCAGUUUCCCCAGAAAGCAGAGUCUCCACACGCCACCCAGAGGAGCCCUGGGAUGAUUUUGAAGACAACGAAACUACACCAGACCUUUCUCCAAUGGCUCCUGACCCACUGGAAGAACCCAAAUCUGUGAACAUUACUAGUGCAAAACAUAAAGCAACAUCUAAACCCCUUCAGCUAACAUCGGCCUCGCAACAAUUAACUCCGAGCAAUGACCGUUCCGUGUGGGACAGUAGCUGGACUCAGACAGAGGAUCCCCUAAAGCCAUCUAAACACAAUGUCACUUUAAAAAGCCGUGGUGUAGGAGGGUUGGGUGAGGAAUUCACGAUAAAGGUGAAGAGGAAGAUGGUGCUGGAUCCAGAGCUGGACUUAUUUGCAGAUAUGGUACCGGAUAUCAAACUAUCCUCUCCAACUUUCCUCGUGGAGAAUACUGGUGGACUUUCAAUGAGUGAAAACCCAAAGCCAUUUGACCAAGACAUUUCCAGUGGCAAAUACAACAAUCCCAAGUUUGCUGCUGCCAGUACCACUGAGAAUGAAGCUGACGGAUGGGGUGAUGACUUGAACUGGGAGGAUGAGAACGCCUGGUGA